AUGGCCGACAGCGCAAACAUAAAUGGAACGUCCCGUUCUUCCGCGACGUCCAGCGUUUCUCCAACAUGGGGUCCACCAAAGUCCCCACUAGCUCCAGAACGUCUCGCAAAGCUCGCCAAUGCGCUCGGUGUAUCGACUCCAAUACCUCCGACCUCCAAACCUUCGGGUCCCCCCUUUCUCUCCAGGUCAUUCUCUGAUUUCUCUGGCCCUCCAGAAAGCCUUAGAAGAUCCCCGACUCCAUCAGUCACCAGCUCUGCGGGUUUCAAUGUCCAACCUCCACCAACGUCAAGAUAUCUGCUCCACGUUAUCCCUCCUAUGCACCUGCCCCAUGACCCCGACACUUACGACUCCGUUUUGACACCACCCCCGCCAACAGCCUCAGGAUAUCAUACACAGUUUAGACGCGGAACCUUGGUGCCUGUACACUCCACACUGCAGGCGCAAUUGGGAGCUAUUGCCAAGGAAUACGCGUUACCUAGUACAGCUGGCCUCAUCCUGUACUUGGUUUCGUCGGGUUCGUCAACCAGACCGCAGAGCCCCACCGGUUCCGAAGUCAACCCUAUGCUCAAUAGCGAAGGAGACGAACCUGGUCCACGGCUGUCCGAAGAGAUUUGGCGGCACCUCUGGUACCGCGUGAUUCAAGCAGAACAGCGCGAUGGAAACAUGCUACUGCUUCCUUCCCUUUCACGAAGUCCAACGCCACUGCUAAGUCCCACCGCCGCACGUUCAACUCCAUUCCUCGUCACCGAGUUCAACGCCAACUUACGCCUUCCAGCUUCCCCCAUAUCUCCCCGCCCCACCUAUCCUUCGAUCGCCUCCCCGUCCACGCCCUCUUCAGUAUCAGACUUGCGCUCAAGUUCCAAAUCCGCCCCGCCAUCAGAGUCGGCAGCUCAGUCUGAGCCAGACACCCCCGACACGUCUGUUGAUGUCCAUGACAGCGCUUCCGUUAUGCGCGCCAACUCCCUUGAUCUCCCAGGGCUUGGCUCGACCUCCCUGAUUCCCAUUUUGGCCAAAGUGGAGUUUGAUAUCGACACUCGCAAAGCGGCCUGGUAUAAGCCAUGGCUUCGAAGUAGGAAAGUUAACCAUGCAAAGCGGAACCGGAGUCGGAAUGGGAAGGGUGAGAAUGCGUCCGGUGAAAGUGGGAAUGAGAAGGACGAGGAGAAUGCGAAGGCGAAGGAGCCCGCAAUCCCAUUGCUCAUGGGCAAAAAGAAGAAGGGAGGAGUGGAUGCGCUGCUCAAGACCGACCUCACAGACGAUGCGACGCUCAAUGAAGGUGGCUACGAACAACUUACUGAUUCCGACUCGGAUUCGGAUGAUGAUCUCGAGUUCGCAGAAGACUCCACUGCGAAGGAUCCUCUGGAGGAUGUCUUUGGGUCAGAUGCAGAUACAUGGGCAGAGAUGAAGGCUGAACGAGGAGUUAAUCCCAAUGUUGUUGACUUGGCAUUGACGGGAGAAGAACUUACUAGGCCCGACGACUCAUUCAUCACGGACGAUAAUCACUUCACCCGAGAGGAAGAAGAGGUUAGGGAGAUGCUUGACCGAAUGUCCCAAGGUGGCCGAACCCCCGAUCCGUUCAUGAACGAGGAGCAAACAUCUCCAACGCUCUCCAAGAAGCAUGUUCCAGCGCCUCUUGUUAUCGUUCCGAAUCCAAAUUCCGAGCACAUAAUCUCCACGGAGCCCAGCCCAGCCCCCACCGCAAGCCUGUCGUAUCUCGAAGGCGAUUCGCCAGCCGAGCUUCAAGACGAUGAUGACUACGGUUAUCGGGCGAAGAGCCCAACGGAGUCCGAAAAGCGCUCUGGUGCCCUUUUCGAAGACCUUGACUUGGGGCUGGAUCCCUCUGAAGAUUACGACGACAACGACCCGAACGAUCGGAGAAGAAGUCAAUAUGUGAUGAAAGCACAACUUGACGAAAUCGAGAGGACACUGGCGCAGCUGUCCCCACGCAUACUCAAAACCGAUUUGGAUGACGACGUGAACCAGAGUUUCAGUUCAGCAACCCUAUCACCAAAUUCGCCCGCCAAGUUGACGCUCUCGCCCCUUCGAAACUCGGAUCUAUCCCCAGCACCUCGAUUACCGCAGCAUCCCGACCCUCCCAAUGAACCGACCGAGGGUGCAUCCUGGCCUGCGAUACCGUUUUCCCUAAUCAAGAAUGCUUCUGAAUCGGAAUCCAACCCUAACAGGCCACCCUCCCCUCCACAAUUGGCUGUCAACGGCAUCACAACAUCCGCACCACGUUCCUUCAUCGUUCGAAAUCCCAGUGGGGAAGUCUCAUCGGAGACGAUUCAAAGGAAGAAGGAACUCGAAGAGGAGCAAGCCUUAUAUGGGAAGAAUCGAAAGAAUUCCAUCGAAUCACCCGUUAUCCCGCUAUCUCCAGAUCCAUUCGGGCGAUAUUCUUCAUCCACUCCGGAAAAUGUCCCCGUCCUCACGGAGAAUGGGUCUCAGUGGGACACUGUCACACUCGGUCGGACUUCGAUGUCACUCGGUGAAGAUAAGAUACCUCCGCCAGGUGGACGUACUCGAUCUGGAACGACGAUAAGCAGAUUUUCUGCCGAUUCGCUCUUGGAUGAACCUGCCCCGACGGCUGCGGCGGCAAAGUCUAAUCGCGGCACUUUGAUGUCGGUCAAGAGCAUCAAAAACCUUUGGAGGAAGAGCAACAAGGGUGAUAAGGACAAGGACAAAGAGAAAGACAAGGAGAAGAACCAGCCACCUCCAGUGCCCAAUGGCGCAUCAGCAUCCGGUCGGGUAUCCCCUGGAGUGCCUCCCAAACGAUCGUCGGGACGCGUGUCGCCUGGCGUCCCUCUCCGCCCGGAACGACCAUCGCAGGAGAACCUUGAUCUCCCCGACGUUCCGGCCCUUCCUGCGGGCUCGAAUUAUGGUCGUUUCUCCCCUCAACCUGGGAUGAACAACCGUCCACCAUCUAGGGCAUCCCAAGAGUCGUCGAGACGCCCUUCUGGUGAGAUGAGCCGCACUCCGUCGAUGGGAAGCAAUCGCCCAUCAAUGGACUAUUCUGGCAUUCCGCAGAAUCGCCGUCCCUCUAUGGACCAGCGGCCUCAAGAAUCCAUGCCACCCCUUCCACCUCCCAUGAUGAACCAACAAGGGUUGUCUGUUCCCUUUGCAAAUCGCGGUAAUAACAACUCCCCCAUAAUCCCCACGCAGAUGCUUCCCAGUCGCACCGGAGGCGCACUGGACCGCCUCCACUUUGACCAGGAGUCACCGUACCCUAACCCCAUUCGCACAGUACGCUAUGCGCCACGCACGCCAUCGCCUCCUCAACAGCAAUUACUCCAGCAACAACAGCAACAUUUCAUGCAACAACAGCAACAACAAGGACAGUUGGCAUCUAUACCCGAGCAACAGCAGCAGCAAGAGCAAUUGGCCCGUAAGUCGAUUCUCAAAUGGAAGUCGUCGGCUGGGGCCAAUCACCACUCCCAGGAAUACGAGCCGCGCUCGAGCUUUGAUAGGACAAGUUACAAUGGCGCAGCAGCAGCGGGAGGGCCGCAUGGGGGUAGGAAGGCCAGCGUAACUAAUUUUACGUCUGAUAUGCCUCCACCGAGUCCAUUCUUGCCUGACCACCUUGCCGCAGGAGGCAUGGGUAUGGAUAUGAAUGGCGGUCCCUCUCGAGCGCCCUCAGCGGCCUCGUACGCGCCAUCUUUCGAUCCCCGCCCAACCUCACCCUCUGCAAAUUCUUUCACCUCUGAUAGAAGCAUUGAUUCUUCUCAGUUUGAAAUUGUGUCUCCAAGAAUGGGCUCUGGAUUGCCGUACCCCUCCACGAGCUAUCACCACGGUUCUCAAGAGUCAUAGCACGUACCCGAACUCUGCUUGCAUGCAUACACAAAACACUCGUCCGUUUCAUUUCAUUGACCCUGCUUGCUGUCGUUCCCCUUCCACUUUUCACUUCUCACUACAAGUACUCUCUGCAUUUGCAUUGUUUCCUCUCCAUUGUUUCCUCUUGUGUUUUUGUGUCCUUUGCAUCGAUCGCAAUUCAAGCUCAGGGUCGUUUUUA